GGCCGCAGCCACCCCCACCCCUCCAGGUCAAAGCCGCCGGGGCAGCCAGCCAGAGCCCGGCCGGUCCAAUGGCGCCUUGCCACGUGCCCCCUCCCUCCCCACCGGUCCACUGCGCCCAUCCCACGCAGCCCCCCUCUUCUCCUCGCGCGGACUCCCCGGUUUGACCGCGCAUCGCCACGCGUCGGCUCACCAUUGGCCGGGGCCGCGCCAAGGAGAGGCCAGGCGAGCUUCCCGAGGAGCCGCACCCGUCGCUUUCUAAUUUUUUCUUUUCUCCCACCCUCUCUCUCUCUCCGGUCUCCACUCCCUCCGCUCCUCCGCUCCUCGCCUCUUUUACCCGCUCUUCCCCCCGAUCUCCCCGGACUCCCACAGCCGCAGCGAACAAAUCCCGCGCGGGUUGGGAAGAGCGAGCUCGUGAGGAGAGCAGAGGGAAAGCGCGAGGGGGAAGGAGGAGGAAAGGUGCACAAGGUCAGACUAAGUUUGCGUUGAAGAACAAAGGAGAGGAAAAAUGUCGCCUGCUGAGGCAUCGCGUGAGGAGAAUGUGUACAUGGCAAAGCUUGCCGAGCAGGCUGAGCGUUACGAGGAAAUGGUCGAAUUCAUGGAGAAGGUGGCAAAGACCACUGAUGUUGGUGAGCUCACCGUUGAGGAGCGGAACCUGCUUUCUGUGGCUUACAAGAACGUGAUUGGUGCUCGGAGGGCAUCGUGGAGGAUCAUCUCUUCUAUUGAGCAGAAGGAGGAGAGCCGUGGGAAUGAGGCAUAUGUUGCAUCAAUUAAGGAGUACCGUAGCAGGAUUGAAACUGAGCUCAGCAAGAUCUGUGAUGGUAUCCUUAAGCUUCUGGAUUCCCACCUUGUCCCAUCUGCCACUGCUGCAGAGUCCAAGGUGUUCUACCUGAAAAUGAAGGGUGACUACCACAGGUACCUUGCUGAGUUUAAGUCAGGAGCUGAGAGGAAGGAAGCAGCUGAGAACACUCUUGUGGCAUACAAGUCUGCCCAGGAUAUUGCACUCGCUGACCUGCCUACAACUCACCCGAUAAGGCUUGGACUUGCACUGAACUUCUCAGUGUUCUACUAUGAGAUACUGAACUCACCAGACCGUGCUUGCAACCUUGCAAAGCAGGCGUUCGACGAUGCUAUUGCUGAACUGGACACUCUUGGCGAGGAGUCUUACAAGGACAGCACCUUGAUCAUGCAACUUCUUCGUGACAAUCUGACUCUCUGGACCUCUGACAAUGCGGUAUUUGCUCUAAUAUGCUUAUUAUUUUUCCUUUCAUUCAUUUAUACUGUAAUUGUUAUCAAAACGAUUUUCUGGCAUCUAAUCUUAUGUUCCUCUGUUCUUCUCCCUUCAGGAGGAUGGUGGUGACGAGAUCAAGGAAGCAGCGAAGCCUGAAGGAGAGGGCCACUAAUCUGUCCUGAAGUCUAUUUCUGAGUCCAUUUACUCAGCUACCUGCUGUAUUACUGGAUCAUAAGAUGUACUAGGAUCAAUUGCUAUGUGGAAUCAUAAGAUUAGGGCUGCGUAUGUCAAAAUGUGUCGAGCUGAAGUACCCAGUGGACACAGUUUAUGUGCACUACAUUGCUUCCGUGACUUAUUUACUAGUUAAUUAGCAACUUUCAACCACUUCCUGUAUUUGCAGCACAUUAUUAGUAUCGCUGUAUUAGCGUUUUCCAUGGGCUGGUUAUGAUUGAGAAUACAGGCCAGGCAUUGCAUGUCCUUUAUUUGUAAGCUCGAUGUGGACACGUUGGAAUUCGUGCUUUUCUUAUUGUCAUGAGAGUUGAGAUGA